AAUCAUAUAUGUGCUCUGAAAAUCCUAAUUGUGUCAUAAAAUGACACAAGAUCUCUUUAAUGGUUUUUUUAUUAGCUAGGAACCACAACCACACGUGCCAAUUUGUGACAGCAAGACCUACUAAAUCCGUGGGCCACCUGCAAUUAAUUAAACGCCAACAGGCUUUCAUCCCUAGCAACCUUAUAUCUUCGAGAACACCAACAGACCUCGAUUGGAUUCAAACCUGGGAUAUGCAACUCACUAGCCUUCACUGUCGCUACAGUUUUCCUGUUAUUAUAUUUCAUGUUAUUAUAUUUUUCAUGUUAUUAUAUUUCAAAUAAUUGGACAUCUCAAUCCCGCACUGAAAAAAAUUCACACCUAAAGGAGAGAAGACGACAAUUAGCUUGUGGAGUGAGCCUUCCUGCUAAAAACAGCUAAAGCGGAAACACAGCACUCCAGCCUUCUCCAGUCUCCACCUAAUUAUCAACAGUCGCAGUGAAUGGUCUGGACUGAACCUCCAAGUCCCGCUUCGUUCACCAACCAACGAACACUGCUCCAUCUGCCCCCACACCGUCACACUUGUCCCGCUGCCGGAAAUUCCACACAUUCCUUCAUUCUGAUAUCUGUAUAUCUACUCAUUUAUUUAUUCAUUCAGCAACAGCCAGAUUAAGACGUGCUUGAUUUCUUAUGCGUUAACUUUGAUUGACGGGGAAGAUAUAUAUAUAUAUAUAUUUUUUUUGCUCAAAUUUUUGUUGCAAAGUGUAGCAGUAGAUAGGUGUAGGUUAGUGGUCCUGCUGGCGGGGGAUAGGGGGAGAAAAGGGAGGCCAGGGCAGGGCCAUGGCGGUUCCACUUCACUUUUAAAGGGAAUUUUUUUUUCUUCCCAUUCAUUGUGUAACUGACGACUCCAUUCUUUCCACAGUUUCUUUGCACUUAGUCCUUCCCCUUCCCUUCUCCUCCCCUCCGCCGAUAGCGAAAGCCUUAGACCAGAGAGACAGGUGUUUCUUGUUCACCUGUUCACGUCGCCGAUUCGGUUGGCAGACUGAGUGAUCUGUAAGCAAAAGACCGCUCCUAACGAUCACCAUCAAAAUCCACCCACAAAAAGAUUGGGAGCGAAACCCUGCUCUGUUUUGGCGCAAUUGCAAGGAUUCUCCCUUUCCUUUCCUCCUCCUUGGUAUGGUUUCCUGAGAACUGAAGAGGGUUCUGCCACAAAUCUUGGAUGAACAAGUAUGCAAUGAGCGGCGGCGGAAUCGUCGGACAUGGAGCGCCGGAGCUGGCUAUGGAGAAGGAAGUCCUCCCCAACUCUGCCCCCAGAUUUCUCUGACGCCGGCUCGCUUGGGUCGCUCUCUGAACGCUUCUCCGAUGAUCAUCAUCAGGCAUCGUAUUCGUCAACUCCAACUCGAACACCCACUCGUCGUUCUUCUGCUGCUGCUGCUGCUGCUCCUGCUCAAUCGCCGUUAGAGGACGUUCCUGAUGAACAAGUGGAUAAUUAUGAUGGCGAUCUCAAGACGCUCAGAGACAAACUUUCUGCUGCUCUCCUCAACCUCAGGGCCAAGGACGAUUUGGUCACUCAGCAUGCCAAAGUCGCUGAAGAGGCUGUCUCUGGUUGGGAGAAAGCUGAGAAGGAAGUGGUUGCUCUAAAGCAGCAAUUGGAGAAUGCAACUAAGAAGAACACUGGACUCGAGGAUCGAGUUGGUCAUCUCGAUGCAGCACUCAAAGAAUGCAUGAGGCAACUGCGUUUAGCAAGAGAGGAUCAAGAACGAAAGAUAUCUGAGGCUCUUGCAAACACCACUCGUGAAUGGGAGUCCACGAAGUCCGAGCUCGAUUCCCAGAUCUCUCAACUGCAACAUGAACUUCAGGCUGCCAAGGGUGAGGCAGCUGCUACUACAUCGUCACUCGAUGCCGAGUUUCGAGCUAAGAUGGAGAGUUUGGAGAAAGAGAACUCUUCCCUCAAGCUGACGCUUCUCUCUCGAGCCGAGGAAUUGGAGAUGAAGAUUAUGGAAAGAGACCUUAGUUGUCAAGCUGCUGAAACUGCUAGCAAACAGCACUUGGAUGCCAUAAAGAAAGUAGCUAGGCUUGAAGCUGAGUGCCGCAGGAUGAAGGCUAUGGCGGCUCGAAAGGCUUCUCCUUCUUCGCUUCCUGCUGUCCAUAACAGAUCCUUUACUGCUUCAUCAAUCUAUGUCGAGUCCUUCACCGAAGACAGCCAGUCGGAUAGUGGUGAGAGGCUACUAGAGAUGGUGGAGUGUGACUCACAGAAAGUGAAUGGCUUGGAAAUGAAUGAACUCGAGCCAAGUUCUUCAGGUUCAUGGGAGCCCGAUGGUUUCAAAAAUCGGAAAAGUACUGGAAAAAACCAGCUCAUGCUGUUGCCUUCUCCAGAGAUCAAUCUCAUGGAUGAUUUUCUGGAGAUGGAAAGACUUGCUGCUUUGCCUGACACUGACAGUGGCGGGAGCUCUUUUCGUGAGGCAGGAGGACCUGUAUCAGAACGAAGCAACAGCAUUGAGAGCCAAUGGAGAGCUGAACAUGCGGCCGUGAUUAAUCAGAAGACUGCUGAUCUAGAGGAAAAAUUGGAGAAGGUUGAAGGCGAAAAGGUCAAGUUGGAGUUUGCUUUGAAUGAGUGCCAGAGUCAGCUAGGCAUCUUAGAAACUCGGCUGAAGGAAGUGAAUGAGAAGUUCUCGGUACUUCAAGCUGAGUUAGCUCAUUCGAAUGAGACAACAAAAGCCAGAGAAGAGGAGCUUAAGGGUGUUCUGGUGAUGAAAGAAGUUGCAGAGUCACAGCUUAGAACUUCUGAGGAGGAGAUUGGAACCUUGCUUUCUAAAGUUGAUUCAUUAACAGCAGAGGUUGAAAAGGAGCAUUCUUCAGCAUCUGAGAAUGAAAAGAAGUGUCUUGACUUGGAGAACAAGCUUCGCGAAAUGAGACAUGAAUCUGAUCUCCUUCAAAAAGCUGAACUCAAGCGGAUUACAAGUUUUAAUGAAGAGUUGAAGGUAAAACAGGAGGGAGAGCUAGCAGCUGCAGCUGCUAAGUUUGCAGAGUGCAAGAAGACAAUCUCAUCUCUUGGUCUUCAGCUAAAAUCUCUUGCAACUAUGGAAGAAGACUUGCUAGUUAUGUAGUGCAGUCCAGGAUUCUGAAUAACGAAACAGAGAUUGGUUGGUUGCGGGGUAGUGAAAAUUCGAGAGUGAGAUGGAGAUUGCAUGGCAUUGGAUAUUUGCAGCUUGUUAUUGCACAUACAGAGUUAAUAGGUUAAGCAUGUAAAUGUUGGAAUUGGAAUUGGAAUUGGAUUUGGUGGGUAUGACAAUAAUAAAACGAAAGCGAGAAAGCAAAAAAAUGGGAUGGCAUUUUGGCAUUGCCACCAGUUCUGGUUUUUUCUUCUUUCCCAUGUGUAAAGUCAUCUUCCCCUUCAUAAAGAAUUACUGCAGUAAUACCUUCUGCUGCUAAUGGUGAUGGUUUCAGACUUUCAGUUAGUAUAUGAAGAUAUGGGAAACUGGAAAAAAGAAGUCGUGUAAAGUUGUUGGAUGUCGGGAUUGAUGUGACUGUUAUCCAACAACAGGUGAAGAAAAAAUGAAAGUGGGGAGUGGGCAGAGAAACAUGAGUUGGAGGUCACUGAGGAGGUUAGAAAGCAAAGAGAGGAGAGAGCAUGUGAAUGUGAUGUCAAUGGUUAGGCGACCUAUGACCUACACAAGUACACAGGCGAGGCGACAACAGAAGAUAAAAGCAGAGAACAUUCACAUGAUGAGCAGAUGCAGAUGGGCACUAGCUAAUAUGAUCAUCCAACCGUUGUGCUUCCAUAUGCAGCAAAAAAAGCAGAAGAAAUGGGUACAUUUCACUACUUUACCAUUCCAAACUCUGUCUCAAGGGCGCGGCCGGCCGGACAUUGUAUACCCUACUCUACUGCAUCCCAAAUAAUGCACAUCAUAUGAUCAUAUCUCAAUAAUUGAGAAUCAAAGGAGCAAAAACAUUAGCUUUAUUCUUCUUCUUCUUCUUCUUCUUUCCUUGCUAAUUUGGUGUUGUAGCUCAAGUAAGCGAGGAUACACUGAACAAGGUUUCAUUUUCGAACAAUCCGCCGCGAGUUUUAUUUGAGAAAGAAAGAAAAAUCUAUCCACAGA